AUGCACAUUCUACGGGAUGUCUGCUAUCAUUCUUCCGCUGGGGUGCAUUUGCUUGCUUCGUUAGGGAAAGAGAUGUCCAUUUUGAUACUGACUGCGUGCUCUUUGGAACUAAUUGGUUCUGUUCCCAUGGGACAACACAUAGUGCAGAAUCUAGCAUACAUGUAUCAAUCAGAUCUAUUUAACACUGCGCACAGUAAGCGGAUUGCUCGAUUGGCCGGUGCUCUACACGAACAACAAAUUACAGACUCAAUUUUCUUUCCAAGAUCAUAUUAUUUUAUUACGAGCUGUCUUGGUGGACAAAUCAAGAUAUGGUAUCGGGAUUUUGAGCGAGGUAGUACCGGGCGGAAGCUGGAGCAUGCGAACAACGCAAACUUGUCGACUUACCAUUUACACACCUUUCGCGGCCAUCGCAGGGCGGUUAUGAAGCUUGACCUUCAUGCAAACCACACCGCACUGUUUUUAUCUGUCUCACUUGAUGGGUCACUGCGUGUUUGGAAUGUGGAAACCUUAGAACUUGUACGGACGAUUGAGACUUUAAGUGGAUGCCCGUUGGUUGACCUCGUGGUUUUGAAUCAUGGCGAGACGAUUGUCACCCUCACGGAUGGUGGCACAAUAAUGGAAUAUAUUUCAAAGUCGAACAGUAGCGAAUUUGUCCUCACCAUGGCGCCAUACACCUGCGAUGACGGUAUUAUAGAAAGCGAGAGUGCAGACGAUGAAGUCCACUCACUUUGUGCUGGAAUUGGAAUCUCAGAGGGGUCACACGUAGACAAUCGAGGAAGCUAUGAGUUGGGUCCGACAUCAGAAGGCGCACUUGAAGCUCUGACUUUUGAUGCGAAGGACAGCGUUCUAGAGUGUCCAGCAUUGCAAAUGGCCUCAAUUGAUCGUUCUAUGGUGUACACACUGCGGCGAUUGUGGUUUAGAUCGCAAACCGUUCCAGAAAAAACAGAUGUGAGUACUACUUGUAUUGCUGCGGUGUUUGUGCAUGGAAUAUUUACUUAUUGUUUGGAAAAGAGCCGAAUCUGCAGAACCGACAUUGACAAAGAGCAAACUCGCAGACAGUCGCAAAGUAGUGAUUCGGAAAGCCUUCGCACAAUACCCAUCCAUCGGCAGAUUCAAGGACAAAGAAUUGGGAAAAAUGUCAACUCAAGCUCUCCGAAGCACAAGCGAGGUUUCACCCUAGUGCAUGAGAUAGCUACGAUUGAACACCCCUCGCCAAUUCCUUUUCGUCGUUUUUUUACCGCAUCUACGUCUCGUGGGAGGCCGAGCAGGCGAGAUGUAGGGAGAGAGUAUGGGCGACGGCACCCAUCUGUUAGCGGCAUGCACGCUGAUAUCGCACGCGGCGCCGACGCUGCUCGCUGCGUGCCCGUGGUCAUCUGUUUUAGCGCGGCCUCGGUUUCCGACUCGGGCAUCCGAUGCGGCGGUUCCAGGACUUGGAAGGGCCCCUAG